AAUAAUCUCAAUAUGUUUUCCUUUUAUUGUAGCCCCAUAUUCAACAAUCGAUAUAUAAAACAUAAAAAAAACUGUUUUAGUACAUCUACCCCUAAGUGUUUUGUGCACAACAGAGAUCAAUGAAAAAUAGGAAGCAAUCAAUAGGUUACACAACUAAUAUCUUUGGAUUUAGGGCAGAUGGUAAACCUUUGUGAUGAAUCCUUUACGACAAGACUACUGCUGUGGAUCUUCUGGAGGUCAUUUACAAAAAGGGUAUUGUUUUUGGAUUAGGAUAAGUAAAAUUAGGUCUAAAAAUACACUCCUGAUCAAUGGAAGUGGCCAUUUAAAGCCAUUGCAGAAGGAGACCUCAAGGCAUUUCAAGAUUGGAACUACCUCAGUACCAGAAUCCAAUAUAAAAUACAUAGCACUUUUUCUUCCAAGUCUCAGGAAAAUCUACUAAAGAGGAAAUCCACAGUAAGAGGAUGGGACAAUUUCAAAGCUCUGGGAAGCAAGACAUUGAUGUCGCAGACCUCCAGGAGAUGUACAAAAAAUUUGUUGUGCAAUGUCCAAGUGGAGCUUUGUAUUUGCACGAGUUUAAAGGAUUCUGCAGAGUUCUGGACACCUCUGAAGAGUCCUUAUAUAUGGACAACAUAUUCAAAACUUUUGAUAAGAAUGGGGACAAUGUCAUAGACUUUCUGGAGUACGUAGCAGCUUUAAAUCUUGUACUAAGAGGAAAACUUGAACAUAAACUGAAAUGGUCUUUCAAGGUGUACGAUAAGGAUGGCAACGGAUGUCUUGACAAAGAGGAACUGAGGGAAAUUAUAGAGGUUAUUUAUAACAUCAAGACAGGCAGCAAACUGGAUCAUGAAACUCAAUUACUUACACCCGAUGAAGUCUGUGACAGAAUUUUCAGGAUAGUUGAUGUCAGUGGAGACGUACAACUUUCCCUGGAAGAAUUCAUUGAGGGUGCUCAGAAGGAUGGAUGGGUUAUGAAGAUGCUAACCUUAGACAUCAAUCCCACUGGAUGGGUUAUUGAACAAAGAAGGAAGUGUUCACCAAUCUAAAGAGCAAGCAUUAUAUGUACAGUAGCACAGCAUUCUGCAAUUCAACAACUGAAAACGUAUCCCCUGUUGCUGUGUGAAGUUGACAGAUGUGAACAGAACGAAUCAAUACACACACUACAUACGUCCUGUAUGGCACGUGUGAUUUUAUGUAUUUAAAAAACAUUUUAUUAAAAAUGUAUCUUUUAAAAGUUUAAUAAAUAUUUUCUUUUCUUUUUUUUAAGUUUCAUUAUUUAAUAAAUUGUAUUGGACUGCUAUUGUCAAGAACCUACCCCAUAUCUUAAAAAUGACACAAAAACAGGAACAGAAAAGGCAUUUGGACAUCAUGGUAUACAAUUUGCAAUAUUUCUCUGGUGUUUACUGACACUAUUUGAACUGCAGGAACACUAUAUUUAAUUUACAGACUCGCUAUUGUGCGAUUAUGUGUUUGGAAUGCUGUUAAUAUUGACACAAGACUGGGUAAAGGCAUAUUUUGGGAUAAAAGUAUCCUGGAGCCUGUUUUACAAAACCUUUAAUCUGGAUAACAGUGAUCCGGAUUUUGUAAUCCUAUAUUUUUUGUGAUCGAGAUUACUUUGAUCUGGAUCGUUUUGAUCCGUUUUUUCAGAAAAUGUCACUGCUGGAUUACAUUUAACCAGAUUACAAGUAAUUAUAAUUACGAAAUCAGUUAAAAAAAAAAAAAAAAAGUAAUUUCGAUCAUAAAAUAUAGGAUU